UGUUUUACGACUUUCUGUGUUAAGACAUACCAUUUGAUUUUGAAAUUAAAUUCAAUUAUUUCAUAUCGGAAAAAGUCGAAAGCUCUAUAUCAAACCAACAAAAAAUUACUCCGUAUAAAUAGGAUUCCCAUGCCGCUAAUCUUUGCUAAAAAGGAAUAACGAAGGGUGGCAACACUAUCUUUAGGCAGCGCAUGUUUUUAUUUACAUUUUUUGUUUACAAAAACUCAAUAUGGAUUCUGAGGUAUCUGGCAAAAAAACUAAAAAGUCUAAAAUAAAUAAAAAGUUAAAGAAUUUAGCCGAAGUUACUAAAAAAGAAGACACCAAAGACAUAGUGCGUAAACAACAAGAACUUAUGAGGGUGCUACACGUAAAAAAUUUUCAACUACAAAAUGGGAAUCUUUCCUACUUAGAUUAUUUGGAAUUAAAAGAAGAACUUUUGCGUUUAAAUGCCUUAAAGGAUGUAUUUAAUGCAAUGUCAGGUUCAGCGGAAUAACUAUUACAUCUUUAUUUAUGAUUUAAUAAACAUAUACAUUUUUAACAUA